UUUUGUUUUGUAAAAGGUUGGAAAUGACUGAGACGAGUGCUAUUUAUAUGGAAACCGCAUCAUGAUCAGGAGCUCCGAAAAGAAAUGCUUCUUUUGGAGCCACACCAACAUCCGGGUUACAGCAAAGAAAGAGCUGAGGUGUGGAAAAGUAUUCCCGAUAGUUUGUUUGGAAACCAUGGCAUGAAAGUGUCAGUUAGAUCUGAAAGGGAAAGUUUGAGAAACUUUACGAUCUGUUCAAGAAUCGUGAAGGAAAAGAGAAGAGGGACAGUGGCGUUGGUGCCGAGUAUGGCGACAAGAACAAAGCGUUGACAGACAUCCAUGAUCAAAUCCUUGAAUAUGACGCGGAGAAAAAGAAAGGCAAAAAAGAACAGGCUGAAAAGGCUAUGGGAGAGGAGACGAGAAGAAAGGCAACAGAGCGGCUAAGUGCUACAAAGAAGAGAAAGAAAGAUGCAGGAGAAGAAAAAAGAGAAGAACCCAGACAAAGAAGAACCCAGACAAGUCUGGUAGAAAUGAUGGAGCGAAGUAUAGCGUUCAAUCGUGAAGAGAGCAGAGAAAGAGAUCAAAAACACAGGGCAGAUGAGUUAAAGCAACAAGAGCAAUGUCACAGCAUGUUGCUACAGCAGCAACAACAGUUCAGCAAUAUCAGUACGAAUGCCAACAGCAAUAUCAGUACCAAUGCCAACAGCAAUAUCAGUACCAAUACCAACAGCAAUAUCAGUACCAAUACCAACAGCAAUAUCAGUACCAAUGCCAACAGCAAUAUCAGUACCAAUGCCAACAGCAAUAUCAGUACCAAUGCCAACAGCAAUAUUAGUACCAAUGCCAACAGUAAUAACAGACCAUGA